GCAGACACUACAACAGCCAAUUGCCAAAAAGAAGUGAUAUAUGCUUAGUCACCAUACACUAUCUCUCAUUCACGCUAUAAUCCUUCCAUUUCACAAUUUUGUUGCCAAAAUCUCUCAGAUUCUCUUGCUCUGCUGCUUCAUUAUCUUGCAACUCUACAAGCUCUUCUGGGUACAUCUGUAUCUUCGUCAGCUCUUCUCUGUCUCUCUUCUCAAUUUCUGUUCUAUAUACUCUUUUCUCCCCGCACUUCAUGUAGCUGCAAUUCCUGCUCCAGACUCUUCUGUGCUAAGCUUUCCAAGUUUUUGUGCUGUAUCUCGGAACGUUUCAUCUUCUAAUAAUGUAACAUUGAUCUUAGUGUUUCUGUCGCUUCUCUUCUUUCUUUGAUUGAUGCCCAUUUGCUCAAAAGUAUCAUAAACCAAUUCGUAUUACUGUUUGAAUCAUGGGUUCUCGCUAAUCUUUGUCGUUGUCUGUCUGGGUUUCUUCUUUUUGAAUUUGAAGGGCCUUCUUUUUCUGGUUUGUUAAUGCCCAUUUGCUUGAAAUUGUCUUAAGCCGUCUAAAAAUGCAGUUUGUGAUGAUGGGUUUUCGUUAAAUUUUGUCUCUUUUCCUGUCAAUCAAGGCCUUCCUGAGUUAAAGUUUGACUCGAGAGUUUUUAUCAAUCUUAGCAUGUGAACUAAUACCAUGUAAAUCAUCAGUCUGCUCAACUUUUUUGGUUAUUGCUGUACUUUUGGCGGGAUUAAUUGAUGAACAAGAUUUUUUUUUUUUUUGACAAUGAAGUAAAAAGAAAAGUUUAAUGGAUCUAACUUCUGUUGAAGUCAAUCCUUAGUGGAGAUCUGACCAUAUGGAGAGCAUCUGCUCUUUUCGUUAAUCUGGAUUUUGUGUUAUGGAUUCUGUUCGUUAGGAUUCUUGACUUUCACUCGCCUAUGGAAUUGAAGUAGUUUGGUUCAGUAACUAAUUGAUUCUUUUUGUUCUUAAAGCAUAUAUACCUCGAUCAUUCUUUAUAAACUCCUCCAAAUGUAAAACUCUUCUAUUUUUUUUUUCUUUUUUUGUAGACCUCACUAAAAAGUUAGGUUAUACAUCAGAAAACCAUGAAUUUACAUAUUUUUUUUCUCUUUUGUACUCCUGAAAAGAUCAAAAUUUCAUUCUCCAUCUGCCAAAAGUUCUCAUACUUACCUCUGCUCAUGCAGUUUUAGCUUUGAUAUUGGCCUCUCGAGUCCCUUGAAUCUUUGUCAUUAUUGUAUUGUGUUUUUUGCAUCUGAUACUUAUUUAGCAUUUUGUCAAUCCAAAAUAUUAAAAGGGAAAAAAAAAAAAAGAAAAAAAGAAAACAGAGAAGGCAUCAAUCACUACCUAUUUGCAUAAGAUUUGUAUCAUGGAAGAGACAUUUGUUCCCUUCCGUGGAAUAAAGAAUGAUAUCAAAGGAAGGCUUUUAUGUUACAAGCAAGACUGGACUGGCGGUCUUCGUGCGGGUAUCAGGAUUCUGGCUCCAACAACAUAUAUAUUCUUUGCCUCAGCAAUUCCAGUUAUAUCUUUUGGGGAGCAGCUUGAGAGAAAUACAGAUGGUUCCUUGACUGCAGUACAAACACUUGCAUCAACAGCGUUGUGUGGUAUUAUCCACUCAGUUGUUGGAGGCCAGCCCUUGCUUAUAUUGGGGGUGGCAGAGCCAACAGUGUUGAUGUAUACGUUCAUGUUUAACUUUGCCAAGGACAGGAAAGAUUUGGGGCAAAAACUGUUCUUAGCCUGGACAGGAUGGGUUUGUGUGUGGACAGCACUUCUACUUUUCUUGCUUGCUAUUCUUGGAGCAUGCUCCAUAAUCAAUCGAUUUACACGUCUUGCUGGUGAAUUGUUUGGUCUCUUAAUUGCAAUGCUUUUCAUGCAGCAAGCAAUUCGUGGAGUUGUGGAGGAGUUUGGCAUACCUCGGAGAGAAAAUCCUAAUCAAACUGCACUACAACCUUCUUGGCGAUUUGGUAAUGGAAUGUUUGCAUUGGUUCUAUCCUUUGGCCUUCUUCUUACUGCACUAAGAAGCCGUAAAGCUAGAUCCUGGCGCUAUGGAACAGGUUGGCUAAGAGGAUUUGUAGCAGAUUAUGGAGUGCCACUGAUGGUGCUUGUAUGGACUGCUGUUUCUUACAUCCCAGUUAAUGAUGUCCCAAGAGGCAUUCCAAGGCGGCUGUUUAGUCCAAACCCAUGGUCUCCUGGUGCAUACUCAAAUUGGACAGUUUUCAAGGAAAUGUUGAACGUGCCUCCUUUAUAUAUAGUUGGAGCAUUUAUUCCAGCAACUAUGAUUGCUGUGCUUUACUACUUUGAUCACAGUGUUGCCUCUCAAUUAGCCCAACAAAAGGAGUUCAAUCUGAAGAAACCAGCUUCAUAUCACUAUGAUCUUCUUCUUUUGGGUUUUCUGGUUAUACUAUGUGGGCUUAUUGGUAUCCCCCCAUCUAAUGGUGUUAUUCCACAGUCUCCAAUGCAUACAAAAAGCUUAGCUACUCUGAAACAUCAGCUUAUGAGGAAUAAGCUUGUAUCAGCCGCCCGCAAAAGCAUGCGCAAAAAUGCAAACCUGAGUCAGUUAUACCGAAGCAUGCAAGAAGCGUACAAUGAAAUGCAGACUCCCCUUGUCUAUCAAAUUCCACCUGCUCUGGGACUGAAAGAACUCAAAGAAUCCACAAUCCGCCUGGCCUCAAGUACUGGCUGUAUAGAUGCCCCCGUUGAUGAAACUGUCUUCGAUGUUGAUAAGGACAUUGAUGAUCUUUUACCUGUUGAGGUCAAGGAACAACGCCUCAGCAAUCUUCUUCAAGCAUUGAUGGUUGGUGGGUGUGUUGCUGCAAUGCCACUUCUGAAGAAGAUCCCAACAUCUGUUCUUUGGGGUUACUUUGCUUUCAUGGCCAUUGAAAGCUUGCCUGGAAACCAGUUUUGGGAGAGGAUACUAUUACUUUUUACUGCUCCAAGUCGAAGAUACAAGGUGUUGGAGAAUUAUCACGCCGCCUUCAUUGAGGCUGUACCAUUCAAAACAGUAUCAUUUUUUACCUUGUUCCAGACAACCUACUUGCUUCUGUGCUUUGGCAUAACAUGGAUCCCAAUAGCUGGUGUCCUUUUCCCAUUGUUAAUUAUGCUUCUUGUCCCAGUUCGGCAGUAUUUGCUGCCCAAGUUUUUCAAAGGUGCCCAUCUUCAAGAUUUGGAUGCUACUGAAUAUGAAGAAGCUCCUGCUAUUGCUUACAACUUGACAUUUGAAGAUGAGGAACCUCAGGCUGGAACUACUAACACUGAUUGUGGGGAAAUUCUGGAUGAUAUUAUCACAAGAAGUCGUGGUGAGAUCCGACACAUACAGAGCCCUAAAGUAACAAGUUCAGCUUCAUCUUCGUUGGAAGAUAUAAAACCUGUUUACAGCCCAAGACUGUCGCAGAGGGCAUACAGCCUGCAUAUUAGUGAACUUAGAGGGCAACACAGCCCCGGCUUAUCUGGAAAUGGACUAGAAUUAAAGCAAACUCCAAGUCCUGGGCCAUCAAACCUUGGACAGUAAAGUUGCUAUUCUGAUGAGUUCAACAAAGAUUGGUGCUCGAGAGGUCUUUACAAGCUCAUUUGUUAGUGUUUGUAGUUGUAUCUUUCUGUUUUUGCUCCUAACCAUAUGAUAUUUGUAUUUGUUGCCUUUUCUUGUAUCUUUCAAAUAGGCUGAGCAGAGGACACAUUAUGAUAAUGAAAAAGAUAUCUAUAUUUGACUGAAAAAAA